UUGCAAAUUAACUACCGUGAGAUUACACGCACUUGACCAACUCUCUCUCUCUCAUUUUUCUUUAAGUUUUUUCUUCCAUUAUUUUUCUCAUUCACAUCCUUCUUAUGAACAGUAGUUAGACUCUCUCUCUUCUCUCUUCUCUGUAUCCGAUUUCUUCUUCUCUAUUCUCUCGCCGAAGCCUUGAGAUACUACCUGAAAAUUUGACUACAAUCUCAGGUGAUGGGUUCGGAGGAAGAGAAGGUCGUGGUUCCCAGGAACUUUAGAUUGCUGGAAGAGCUUGAAAGAGGUGAGAAAGGAAUCGGAGAUGGGACAGUGAGCUAUGGAAUGGAUGAUGCUGACGAUAUUUUGAUGCAAUCUUGGACUGGCACCAUUAUCGGCCCUCAUAAUACUGCCUAUGAUGGGAAAAUAUUCCAGCUGAAGCUUUUCUGUGGCGAGGAUUACCCAGAAAGUCCACCUACUGUUAGAUUCCAGACUCGGAUAAACAUGGCUUGCGUCAACCCUGAAAAUGGAGUGGUUGAACCGAGUCACUUCACUAUGCUCUCCAACUGGAGAAGAGAAUACACAAUGGAGGAUUUACUGAUUCAGCUUAAAAAGGAAAUGAUGUCACCUCAGAACCGCAAGUUAGCUCAACCCUUGGAAGGUAAUGAGGAAGGGAGAACAGACCCAAAGGGACUAGUGGUGAAAUGUUGUGUGAUGUGAAGGUGAAAGGAGGUAAAAAAACUGAGGAAUUUGUAAGAAUUAAAGAGACGAAACAGUGUAUAUAUAAACAUCAUUUUAAAACGCUUUGAGAUUUCCUGCCUUCUUCUACAGGCCUAAUUGAUAAUGUAUUAUGUAAUGUUUGAGAAUAUAUCCACCAAAACUGGUGCGUUUCUUUUCUUUAUAAACUUCAACUCUUCUUCUCCA